AUGCAACAAAUCAAAGAUUCCUGGAAAGACUUUGGUGAUGAAUCCAAUGAAGAAACACUUUCUCUUUGCGAUCUCGUGAUGGAAAAUGAUCGUUCAAAUGAGUUCUGGGACGAUGAUGAUGAUUUCUCAAAGCGAGAUGAGAAUGGCGAUCUGUUUGAGUUUUCCAGUGAUCAUCUUCCUGCUUCGGCCUCAAUUUUCCCGGAAAACAACAUCAUUUUCUGUGGGAAAAUCAUUUCUUCCAGAGAAAGUCAACCCAUUAAUGUGGGCAACAAAUCUCAGAUGCCAAAAUUCAGAAUCGAGCGAGGAAAUCACGAGAAGAGCAAGAAUUUCAGCUGCGGAAACCGCUGUUUGUUUCCCUGGAAAACUUCGUCGUCGUCGUCGCCUUCAUUAUUCAACAAGUCGAGAACGUUUCCUUCAUCAAAAUCAACGAAAGAAUCAGAGAGACGGAGUUUCAACAAAUCGUUUUCAGUGCCGGCUUCGGUUUCCAAGAACAAAUACGGGAAAUUCAGCGAUGAAAAGUUUUAUUUUCCGGUCAAACAAGUAUCGACUCCGGUUAAACCAAGGUGGUAUUUGUUUGCAUUUGGAGUUGGAAGGUUCCCGAUGGAGAUUGAGCUUAAGGAUAUGAAGAUGAGACAGAGCAGGAAAUAUACGACGAUGAAGUUCCGAUCACCAGGGGGCGACCGAUCGGAAAAUGUUAAGAGUGAUCAGAGAAGGAGAUCGGGCAAGGGUUUUCGUAUAUUGUUGAAGGUUUUAGGGUGGAAUCAAAUAUUUAUUUAA